AUGAGUUAUUCGAACAAGGAGAAUAUAGAUGAUACUUAGAUAUUGAUAGACCAGGAUGAAGUGCUUGAAUUCGUGAAGCAAAUGAAAAUGAUGAAUAAACAAUUUAUUUCGCAAAUCAAACAGCUUAUUCGAGAGAAAGAGGAAUACAAAUUUUUGAUUCAGGAACUACAAUGUCAAUUGCAAAGGAAGAGUGACCAAUUACAGCAGAGUGCGAACUAUAGGUAGCAUUUGUAUAGGUUAUUGUAGUUAGAGUCAUGCAGGUCGAAUUAUGAAGAACAAGUUAAUCGGUUAGAAGCAGAGUUGAAAUUAAAUUAAAUGGUGUUCUAAAUUGAAUUGAGUCAGUAGAAAUAGGAGAUUGUGGAUCUGAGUGAUAAAUUGAAAAGCACUCAAUAAGGCUACUCGACCACUGUGGCUACUUCAUUUUUAUAAACAUCUUUCAAUUAGAAAUAGGAUAGUCUGUUCAAAGACAGUCACACAUUAGAGAGUGUGGGACAGACUGAAGGAGACUAGAGCAUAAUGUCCAAUAAAAACAAAGGUUAGAGGAUGAUGUUGAAGAUAAUGCAAGAUCCCAUAACUAACUUAAAGAAACAGAAGGAGCUAAUUAAGCGGGAAAUUACUUAAUGGUAAGAUGAGUUUCUUAGGAAAGAAGGUAGACCACCAUCCUUUAAUGAUAAAUAAUCGAUUAGUACCAAGUUUUAUCAAUAUACUAUUUUGAAGAAGCAGUUGAAUGAUCGCAGUACUAUCAUUUAAGAUAGCACAGAUUGCAAGAAUGUUGGAGUUCAAUGCAAUUUGAUAGAUGCAUCAUAGAUCAUUUAAAUGCAAGAACUAUUGAGACAGAAAACUCAUGAGAUCAGGAGAUUGAGUUUUUAAUUAGAAGAUUUGAAGGGGAAGGUGAAGGUCUACUGUAGAGUGAGACCUUCGAACAGUUCAGAUAAACUAAAAGAUUGCGAAGUCUAAUUCAUAGACGAGUAGCAUAUCUCAUUAAAAUAGAAAAUAUUCAACUUUGACAUCUGCUUUAAUCAAUAAUCUACAUAGUAAGACAUGUAUGAGGAGAUAUAGUAAUCUCUUCAGGCCAUAUUCCAUGGUUUUAAUUUGUGCAUUUUUGCUUAUGGUUAAACUGGUAGUGGCAAGACAUACACUAUGUUUGGGACAAAACAAUAACCAGGAGUCAUUCCUAAUUUAAUAGAAGAAAUCUAUACUUACAUCAAAAGAAGCAAUCUAGAGUGUUCAAUCAUAGUAAAUUCUCUUGAGAUUUACAAGGAGAAUAUUAUCGACUUACUGAAUGACUAAUAAGGAUAUCAGAGUUUGGAACUUAAAGAGAAUCUUAAUGGCUAGGUCUUUGUUCAAAAUCUAACCAACAUUAAAGUAUAAAAUAUGCACGAACUAAUGAACUUGAUUGAGUUUGCAUCCUCCAGAAGAAAAUAAGGUUUAACAGAAAUGAAUGACUCCAGUUCAAGAUCUCAUAUGUGCACUUAACUUAUUGUUGAAACUUUUAAUAAAAUUACUUAAUAAAAAUUCAUUAGUAGGGUUAAUUUAAUCGAUUUGGCUGGCUCAGAAAGGUGCAACAAAUCAAGACUUAAACCAAAUCAAUUGGAAGAAGCUAAAUUCAUCAAUAAAAGUCUCUCUGCUCUUAAUGAUGUGAUGAUUGCUCUAUCAACAAAGAGUAGUUUCAUCCCAUACAGGAAUAGUAAACUCACAUACUUAAUGAGGGAUUGCUUGGGAGGAAAUUCAAAAACAAUCAUGAUCAUAAACAUUUCGCCUUCCUUUAUUAACUUGGAUGAGUCCUUAAGUUCAUUGUAAUAUGGGUCGAAAGUUAAAUAAAUAACCAAUUAACCAAUUAAGAAUGUUGAACCAGCGGAAUAAUUAAAAAAAUUAUAAAAAGUAUGUAGUUAGCAUGAUGAAAGUGCUGAUUUAUUUUAUAUAUGCAAUAAUCUCAAUACUAGAUCUGAGUAUUAGGUAGUGCAAAUUCUCAUCAUUUCCUUGAAGUUAAAGACUUUCCUGAAGAAGUAGAGACUCUUGCUUCUAAUGGAUUUCAGAAUUCAUUCCUAUAAGAAAUCUUAUUUAAAAACAAGGAGGCAAGGGAGCCAAUCAAGGUGUAGCAUCGGCAUGACUUAAUAUUCCAAGAUUAUAUUUGCUCGUCAAUUUGGAAAGGAUGAACUAGGUUAAUUGUUAGUCAAGGAUUAGAAGCAUCAGGAGUUAAUUUAACAGCAUUAAGAAAAGUAGAUCAAUGAAUAGGAUAGGCUAUAAUCUUUUAAAUAGAAGUGGAAAACUUAAUCAUUAUAGUUGCAGGAGCAAAUGGUUUAUAGGUCAUUUGAUGAUUUACUAUAGGAAUACUACUAAGCAAUUGAAUAUUGA